GCUGCAGGUCAGUUCAGCCGUGUGGCCCUUGGGUCUCCCCUGGGACCUGGUCCUGGCCUGGAACUUAGCGCGGAGCAGAAGCCUCUGGCUCGGGCCCCGGAGCACAGGACGAGAGUUUGGUCCACAAUGGCUGAUGAUCAAGAGAGAGACUUGCAAAGAUUUCUGAAAAAUGUGGAUGAAAUCACCAAUUUAAUUCAAGAGAUGAAUUCUGAUGACCCAGUCAUACAACAGAAAGCUGUCGUGGAGACAGAAAAGAGACUCUUGCUGAUGGAGGAGGACCGGGAAGAAGAAGGAUGCAGGACCACCUUGAACAAGACGAUGAUCAGUCCCCCGCAAGCUCCUGAGAAUACAGAUGAAAUAAACCCAGGGUCCUUCCUGGCAGCCGUGGAGAAGGACGCAAAGGAGCGAGCCAAGAAAAGAAGGGAAAACAAAGUCCUAGCAGAUGCCCUAAAAGAACAGGGGAACGAGGCCUUUGGCAAGGGUGACUAUGAAGCAGCCAUCCUCCACUACACUGAGGGCUUGGAGAAGUUGAAGGACAUGAAAGUGCUCUACACCAACCGAGCCCAGGCUUAUAUAAAACUUGGGGACUACCAGAAGGCCCUGGUGGAUUGUGACUGGGCUCUGAAGUGUGAUGAGAAAUGCACAAAAGCCUAUUUCCACAUGGGAAAAGCCCACCUGGCUUUGAAGAACUACAGUGUGUCUAGAGAGUGUUAUCGGAAGAUCUUAGAAAUAAACCCCAAGCUGCAGACGCAGGUGAAAGAAUACCUAAAUCAAGUAACUCUUCGAGAAAAGGCAGAUCUUCAAGAGAAGGAAGCCCAUGAAGCUCUGGAAUCAGGAAAGAACGCAGCAAUGACAACCAAAAAACUUCUGGAAACCCUAUCCAUGCCUGGCCAGACACCCUUGUUCUAUGCAGGAGGCAUCGAGAUCCUGACAGAAAUGAUGAAGGAUUGCACAGAGCGAACCUUAUUCAGAACACACGGUGGAUUCCACGCCAUCAGUGACAAUGAGGUCAUAAGAAGGUGCCUUUUUGCAGUAGGGAAAGAUGCAGUGGAAGAGAUCCUCUGUGUGGCUGUUCUUAAGCUCUGGCAAGCAGUAUGCAGUGAGAAUGAGGAAAACCAGCAUCUGCUUGUGACCCACCCUGACAUGCCCAGGCUUCUGCCCUCCCUGUUGAAUUCCAGAGUCCUACUUAUUCAGCAGCAGAGCCUAGACCUACUGUCGCAACUCACCCAGACAGAGAAUGGCCGGAACCAGGUCAUCAGCCACCUUGACCUGACCAGAUUAUCUGAAGCCCUGCUGUUGUUUCUCGAUUUCUCCGAUAAGAAGGCGAACAUUGCCAUCAGAGUACUCACAGACUUGGUUCUGGAAGAAAGAUUCCAAGGCUGGUUCCAGGCCAACCUUCCAGGUGUUCUUCCUGCACUCACAGGUGUUCUGAAGAGAGAGAUCAAGCUAACCAGUCCCUCAGCUCUCUGCCAAUGUAUUGCUUUGUUGGGAAACCUCAGUGCUGAGCCUGCUGCCCGAAGACACAUGAUGGCCUGUGAAGAAUUUGGGGAUGCUUGUUUGAACCUCCUGGUCAGGUGUGAAGAGGACAUGGACCUUUUCAGAGAAAUCACAUACACCCUUCUGGGCCUCAUCAUGAACCUAUGUCUUCAGGUCUCCUUUAUCUCUGAGGUGUGGGCUGUAGAGGUGAGCCGAAGGUGCCUGUCUCUGCUAAACAGCCAGGAUGGAGGGAUCCUGACAAGAGCGGCGGGUGUUUUGAGCCGGACACUUUCUUCUUCUCUCAAAACUGUGGAGGUGGCGCUGAAAGCUGGAGUGGUGAAGAAAAUGAUUAAAUUCCUGAAGAUGGGAGGAGAGACUGCAUCGCGUUAUGCCAUAAAGAUACUGGCCAUCUGCACAAACAGCUAUCACGAGGCUCGGGAAGAAGUAAUGAGACUAGAUAAAAAAUUCAGCAUUUUGAUGCUGCUGCUCAGCUCAGAGGAUGAAGUUUUGGUGGGCAAUGCUGCCCUCUGCCUUGGCAACUGCAUGGAGGUGCCCAACGCUGCGCCUUGCCUGCUGAAAACAGACAUCGUGCAAGUACUUUUGAAGCUGGCAGGCAGUGACUCACAGAAGGCAGCCGUGCAGCUGAAUGCAGGCAUCGCUCUGGGGAAGCUGUGCACAGCUGAGCCCAGGUUUGCUGCUCAAUUGCGAGAGCUUCAUGGAAUAGAAAUUCUCAACUCUGCAAUGAAACACAUGAGCAAUUCUUGAAAGACACAGUGCCUACAUGUGGCUUUGCCAGUGCACACUCGUGUGUCAGGGUUUAUUGCUAUGCUUAAUAAAGUGCUUUAA